GUUUCAUCCCAGGCAGAGACUAGGAGAGAAUAAGGUCAUACAAGGGUGUAUGCACUACCUCAAAGUCUAACCACCCUCUGUGGUACCUCAUAGUCCAACCUUACCAUUUAAGAAACGUUGUCUUCUCGGAAGGAUAUGAGCAGUAAAAGCUUGGUGAAGAACUCCAAGACCAUGGGUGUCCAUGAAGCGAAAGAAGUUAAUAGCACCGCACAGCAUUUCGUUGAUUUCACAGAAGCAGAGGAAGAUCUAGUAUUCAGAAUGCACAGGCUUGUCGGGAACAGGUGGGAACUUAUAGCUGGAAGGAUCCCCGGAAGAACAGCAGAAGAAGUAGAGAUGUUUUGGGCAAAAAAGCAAAAGGAACAAUGAAAAUGAAAAUAAGGAUGCAUGCAGUAAAACACGAUGUAUACCAUGCAUUUUCUUGUCAGUCAAAACGUGUGUUGAUCUUACUCUCCCUAUUUUCCGAGCCAUGCUAAAAGCAACUUGCUAAGCAAGGAUGUACAUAAAAAAGCCUCAAGUAAAAAGGAGGAACAUGGGCUGAAUAAACAAAAAUACUACCUCUGGAC